UAGGCCAAAUGCAGACACUGCUUCUGAUUUGGUCCAAAACAUUAAGGGCAGCAGCCCUGGAGAAUAUCAUCAGAGACUGCUCUAGACUCAGAGAACCCUCCACAUUCCGCAUCUGAAGCAUCUUCUACUACUCCAGGUUGGAUUACCCUUUAAAGGAGAGGCGAUGGCAUUUUAUCCCCUCCAAAUUGCUGGGCUGGUUCUUGGGUUUCUUGGCAUGGUUGGGACUCUUGCCACAACCCUUCUGCCUCAAUGGAGAGUUUCAGCUUUUAUUGGCAGCAACAUCAUUAUCUUUGAGAGACUCUGGGAAGGGCUCUGGAUGAACUGUGUCCGCCAAGCCAAGGUCACGCUGCAGUGCAAGUUCUACACCUCCAUGCUGGCUCUCCCACCUGUCGUGGAAGCAGCAAGAGCCCUCAUGUGCGUAGCCGUUGCUCUCUCCUUCAUUGCUCUCAUCAUUGGCAUCUGUGGCAUGAAGCAGGUCCAGUGCACAGGUUCUGAUGAGAGGGUCAAAGCAUACCUUCUUGGAACUUCCGGAGUCCUCUUCAUCUUGACGGGCAUCUUUGUUCUGAUUCCAGUGUGCUGGACAGCCAAUAUCAUCAUCAGGGAAUUCUACAACCCAGCCAUCCCCAUCGGUCAGAAACGAGAGCUGGGAGCAGCCCUUUUCCUGGGCUGGGCGAGCACUGCGGUCCUCUUCAUCGGAGGGGGUCUGCUCUGUGGAUUCUGGUGUUGCAACAGAAAGAAGCAAUGGCGCAGAUAUCCAGCCCCCGCACACUGUGUGCCGUCCAAACAGAAGCAAAAGAACGUGACCGGGCUCAGAAAGACCUCCACCAGUUAUGUCUAACACGUGCUUUCACACCAACUACGGAUUAUGGUCAAUGCAUUUUUUAAAAGUCCUGCCAGAAACUGUAAGUAUGUCAGGCAGGAGAACUUUGCUCAUAGCUAGAUUUAAAAUGAGACGAAUAUUGUAAUUUGUCACCUGAGGCGGAAAUGUCAAUGACAUACUUGGCUAUACUGAUCUCUUGUGUAUAAAUGCAUUUUCUAUUUAUUGGACUCAACACCCAUUUCAAAUUAUGUGCUCUAAAACCAAGAAUAUUCUUAAUCAUUAAAAAGUAUAUAAUGAUGGACUAUUCCUUUCUAUCAUAUAU